AUGGGGAGUAGUAGUACUCAAAUAAUAGAUGAAAAUGCAUUUCAUGACAAUUCAUUUGCAUCAGUAUCAACAAUAAAUUCACAGUCAGCUGAUGUUCAAUAUGCUGCAAGUAGUGCAAGUAUAAACUUUUCUAAAACGUCGAUUAAACGGAAACUAUUAAAAGGUGAUUGUGACUAUGUUCUUGUACCAAACCUUGGGAAAAAUGAUGUAUGGAAAAAAUUUAAAAUUAUUAUGCACAUUAUUCCUAAUCCUGACAACCCAGAUUCCCCAGAACAAAAUCCUACAGAUUUUGUCGCAUGUGUCUCAUGUAUGGAACUAUACAGUAAAUCUACUAGUACUGCUACCCUUAGUAGACAUAAGUGUAGUAUGCCAUCAUCUCCAAAUACACUUGAAAUGUAUGGGGGAUUUAAAAAUAAGAAGCGAAUGCCAACAAAUAUAAAAGAUGAGGCAAUAAAAAAAUGCGUGAAGUACUGUAGUCUGGAUAUUCGACCUAUGUUGGCUAUCAAAGGUCCAGGUUUUUGUGAAAUUGGUCAAUUUUUUUUGGAUAUUGGUGCAAGGUAUGGAUCAACAGAUAUUCAUGAUAUUUUACCCCACCCAACAACUGUAUCCAGACAUAUUGUAAGCACAGCAACCAAAAUUAGAAAAAUAUUUUUUAAAAAAGUUUACAGUUCAAUAAAUGAUAAAUACUGUGCUUCCACUUGUGAAAUGUGGACGGAUAAUUAUAAAAAAAAACAAUUACAUGUCGAUCACAAUUCAUUUUAUUGA